CUUUUGAUCAGUUCACUCUUAGCAGCUGCACUUGUCUGGACGUUUUGCCACUAUAUAGUAUCACAGAUCAAAAUGUCGACGAUUGUGAGGAAACUUAUCAGCACAGUAAAUGCAGCCAAGCCGGUGGCUCCCUACCAUCAAGCUGUGGUUGCUGACCGCACUGUCUAUGUGUCUGGAUGUCUGGGUCUGGAUAAGGACACCAUGCAGUUGGUUCCCGGAGGACCGACUGAGCAAACGGAAAAGGCCCUGGAAAAUCUCCAGGCUGUCCUCAAGGCAGCAGAUUCCGGAGUGGACAAAGUGGUGAAGAACACUGUCUUCUUGAAGGAUCUAAAUGAUUUCGGGGCCGUCAAUGAGGUCUACAAGAAGGUGUUCAAUAAGGAUUUCCCGGCCCGCAGUUGUUUCCAGGUGGCCAAGUUACCCAUGGACGCUCUGGUGGAGAUCGAGUGCAUCGCCUUGACCGGAUCCGUCGAAACCAAAACCGUGCAAUAGCAACUAAAGCCCAGUAAACUGUGAAAAAACAUUAAAUAAAACUUUGUUACAAA